AUGACACAGAAGAAUGAGAUUCUUGCUGCGAACGAUGGCCAUGACGGACCCGCGGCUCAUGGGACUGAAGAAUCCCAGGUGUCCGGAUCCGAGACGCUGAGCGGCUCUUCCGAACAUGACACGAACACCUGCAUCGACUUGCUUAUUCGCGCCCUUGAAUUAGCGAAGGAGCAGAUCCAUGAGCUAGACGACGAAGUGGCUACCCUAAAGGACCAACUGACCGACAUCGCCCAACGCAAUCCGAGCCCCGCUAUCGUCAGCGCCGCAGGGCUCAAGAAGCCGAGAAGGCACGAGAAGGCCGGCCUUGCGGAGGAAAAAGACUUGAUCUCCCUAUACGGGGACGAAGCCAGACUGCGACCUGCCAAAGCGGAGAAAGUUGAGCCCCUUUCGCAACCCUCUCAUUCAUCCUUCGAUGAGAUUGUCUUUGGCAUUUCCCCGGGUCCUUCCUCCAUCCAGACUCAGACUGAUGCCGAGACGGCCAGCACUGGCCAGCACGACGGUGUCCGCACGCAUCGUGGUCCGGAGCCCCUAGUCGAUGGCGGCGGCGGCGUCUGCAGCGACAACAUGAAGCCGAGCGAGCAGCGCGACGGGAUCCUCAUUACCCUUGACGACUUGGAGACCGACCUCUCCGGGACGAUGCUUCUGGUGCAGCACUGGUGGCUCAUGGGAGACACUGACUUCUUCUGCGUCACCACGUCCCAGCGUGUGGCCUGCCCCUCCAAGUAG